AUGACAAGUCUGAGGACGGACCAGCACUUCUUGAAACUAAGCAUGGCGAUAGCGCAGGUCCUGUACGAGAACGACGAAGAAGAUACCGAAGGUGCUGAUCCUGUUUUGGCCACCAAGCUCUCGCCCUCCACCAAGAAGAAAAUGCAACGCGCAUUCGCCGCCGACGUACAAGAGCUAAUGAUCAAUGACUUCACCCGGAGCCUUGUCGUCAUCAUCCAGACCAAGAAUGAAGAUGGGAUACUCGUUCCGCGAUUCGUACCCGUGCGAAGCAAAUACGACACGGGCAGCGAUGAGAAUUUCGUGAACGCGGAGAUACUCAAGAAAAACCAGAUCGAUCCAACAUUGAUAACUGCGAUUCCAGGAAAGCAUCAAAAGAAGCGUGAGCUCACCAUGCUUGGAAGCCUUACCUUUAUCCCAAAGCAAGAAGUCCGGCUAUCAUGGCACAAGCACAACGACAUGAAGCAACGAGAAGACGUUUUUAUCAUCGUUGAAGAUGCACCUUUUGACGUGUUGAUUUGUUCAAAGCUAUGGAAGGUCGAUUCCGUUCAAACAGGCUUGUUCCUAUUUGGGAGAAAUAAAUCAAAAGCUGAGAAGCGUGAACAGAAAGAAAAGGCUGAGAAGGAAGAAACAGAUGCGCAGACCUUGAUCAAGGAGCAGUUGAAAGAAGCAGAAAGACUUGUUGCACGAGGUUGA